GAGUGAGAUUUUUUUGAUCUUCAGCUACAUUUCAGCUUUGUGAGUAACCUUACCAACAAAGGAGAUGGCUAGCAACGUUACCAACAAGACAGAUCCUCGAUCCAUGAAUUCCCGUGUGUUCAUUGGGAAUCUCAAUACUCUUGUGGUCAAGAAGUCUGAUGUGGAGGCAAUCUUUUCAAAGUAUGGCAAAAUUGUGGGUUGCUCUGUGCAUAAGGGCUUUGCCUUUGUCCAAUAUGUUAACGAAAGAAAUGCCCGGGCAGCUGUAGCUGGAGAGGAUAGCAGAAUGAUUGCUGGCCAGGUUUUAGAUAUUAAUCUGGCUGCAGAGCCAAAAGUGAACCGCGGGAAAGCAGGUGUGAAACGAUCUGCAGCGGAGAUGUACGGUUCCUCAUUUGAUUUGGACUAUGACUUUCAACGGGAUUAUUAUGACAGGAUGUACAGGUACCCAGCACGUGUUCCUCCUCCUCCUCCUAUUGCUCGAGCGGUGGUGCCUUCUAAACGCCAGCGUGUUUCUGGAAACACCUCUCGAAGGGGCAAAAGUGGAUUCAGUUCGAAGAGUGGACAACGGGGCUCUUCUUCCAAAUCCGAAAAAUUGAAAGGUGAUGACCUUCAGGCCAUUAAGAAGGAGCUGACUCAGAUAAAACAAAAAGUGGAUUCUCUGCUGGAAAGCCUGGAAAAAAUUGAAAAAGAACAAAGCAAACAAGCAGUAGAGUUGAAGAACGAGAAGUCGGAGGAGGAGCAGAGCAGUGCCUCUGUGAAGAAAGACGAGACGAACGUCAAGAUGGAGUCUGAGGCGUGUGCUGACGACUCUGCCGAGGAGGGCGACCUGCUGGACGACGAUGACAAUGAGGACCGAGGGGAUGACCAGCUGGAGCUGAUCAAGGACGAUGAAAAAGAAGCAGAGGAAGGAGAGGAUGACAGAGACAGCGCCAAUGGGGAGGAUGACUCCUAAGCACAUAGCGGAGUUUAGAGAUCUUAUCCCCUUAUCCAUUUUACCUGGCACUUGUGAGAGAUGGAAGUAACACCAGGUCCUCUCCCCUAGUGUCCUCAGCACAUUCUCACUGUUCACCCUUUCCCUCUCCUGUGUUCAUUGAUUCAUAUUUGCCUUGCGCCUAGUUCCAUUCUCACUCCCUUUGAUGCUCCUUAGUAGUUUUGUUAAGUCUUACUCUGUAAGUUUUGCUUUUAAUUUUGAUACCUCUUUGACUUAACAAUAAAAAGAUGUAUGGUUUUUA